ACCUUGGGAGUUCCGUAACCAGGGGGAGAAAGAAGUAACAACAGCUAGUGGGAACAAAAAAGAACUGCUGCUCCCUUCAUCCCCCUCCACGUUCCUAGUGGAGAGUUGAGCUCAGCACCCCAGACUCGCGUGACUAUAUAGGCAAGCAUUUGGAGACUAACUUUACUUUGGUAUCCUAGCCCUCAGUAGCUCAAGGUUGGCUUUCUGAGCAGAUAAAUAGGCUUUUAAGUAGCAAAGUUCCCUGCUCUCAGCAAGCCUGACACCAUGGGGAAGGGAGACACCUUGGAGAUAGCACCAACCCCCUCUGCCUACCGCUCUGUAAUGGAGGAGUACGGUUACGAGAUGGGCAAGGUCAUUGGCAAUGGCUCCUAUGGGACGGUGUACGAAGCUUACUACACAAAGCAAAAGGUCAUGGUGGCUGUCAAGAUCAUCUCAAAGAAGAAGGCCUCUGAGGACUAUCUUAACAAGUUCCUGCCCCGUGAGAUACAGGUAAUGAAGGUCCUGCGGCACAAGUACCUCAUCAACUUCUAUCAGGCCAUUGAAACCACAUCCCGAGUAUACAUCAUUCUGGAGCUGGCUCAGGGUGGUGAUGUCCUCGAGUGGAUCCAGCGGUACGGGGCUUGCUCUGAGCCCCUUGCUGGCAAGUGGUUCUCCCAGAUGACCCUGGGCAUCGCCUACCUGCACAGCAAGGGCAUCGUGCACCGCCUGACCCCCAGCCUUUCUGCUGCUGGUAGGGACUUAAAGUUGGAGAACCUGUUGCUGGACAAGCGGGAGAACGUGAAGAUCUCAGACUUUGGCUUCGCCAAGAUGGUGCCUUCUAACCAGAGAAUGCAUAGUAGCCCUUCUUACCGCCAAAUGAACUGCUUUACGCACCUCAGCCAGACCUACUGUGGCAGCUUUGCUUACGCAUGCCCGGAGAUCUUGCUGGGCUUGCCCUACAACCCUUUCCUGUCUGACACCUGGAGCAUGGGCGUCAUCCUCUACACUCUAGUGGUCGCCCGGCUGCCCUUUGAUGACACCAAUCUCAAGAAGCUGCUGAAAGAGACUCAAAAGGAGGUCACUUUUCCAUCUAACUACUCCAUCUCUCAGGAGUGCAAGAAUCUGGUCCUUCAGACACUAUGCCAAGCCACCAAGCGUGCCACCAUCCUGGACAUCAUCAAGGAUCCUUGGGUGCUCAAGUUCCAGCCUGAGCAACCCACCCAUGAGAUCAGGCUGCUUGAAGCCAUGUGCCAACCCCCCAGCACCCCUAAUCGGCACCAAUCCUUGGAAAUCAACACCUAAAAGUGGUUGGUUGAAAGGGGGUUGAGAGAGGAGCAAAGCGGGAGGGUCUGGGGCUAAAAAUCUAUAAAUCUAUUUCUGAUUUAGUUUUACUAGCUGGGGUCAAAGACAUUCUUUCCUCAGGGGAACCUUAGCAAGAAACACUACUGAGGGUAAGAGGUGGAUUUCUAACCAGUCUGGAACCAGCCAUAUUGGCACCUGUGAAGUCCACUUGGUAAUUCACAAUGUAGCACAUAUGCUGCUCAUGGGAGAGAGGGUGCUGGGAUGAAUGCCCACUUUUGGGAAGCUUCAUUAUUCUGGCUAAGGAAAUGCUCACUAUUUUGUAUCUGUGUGCAUUCUAAAUGUUCAAGUAGGGGGGUAGAGGCCCUGGCUGCUGUUUGGUUAUGGCUCUAUCUCUGUUUACUGUCCAAAGGGAUGGCAAUAUUCUCUUUGAAGAACAAAUAUCAGGGGUAUCAAGA